UGUUGGAAAACAGUGCUGUUUACGUGGCAGCAACUAAAAGAGGCAAAAAAAUCGAAUUGGGGAACUGACGUGGAAGUUCGGUCCUGCCUGAAAUUAUUUUUGUUUUUCUACCAGCGACUCGUGCGCCGCGGCCGUCAAGAGUUGAGGCACCAGUUCCGAGACCCUAUCCGAGCAGUUAGUGGUCAGAAAAGCGCCGCUGUAGCUCCACAAAUAGCUAAAUAUUCGUGGCGAACUUUGAGCCACCAGUGUGUGUUUCGAUUUAAUUUCCCCCGCUCUCUCUUGACUCUUGGUGGUGUGUGAAAGUUGUUUGGAUUCGAUUUGGAUUUCCUGGGAUUAGAAAAGGGCUGAGAUAAUGAAUCCGAAUAUGUACGGGGCACCGCCCAAGCAAUUCCUGCCACCACAGCCGCAACAGCAGCCGCAGUUUGGAGCACCUCCUCCAAUUUCCGGUGGAUGGCCACCUCAACAGCAACCACUACAACAGCAGCAGCAACAGCCGUUGCCGCCGCAGCAGCAGCAGCAGCACCUGCAACAACAACCAGCACAGUAUGGAGCACCGCCGACGUCGUCAGCUCCCCAGACCUACCUGAAUGGCAACUACCAACAGCAGCUGGCCACGUCGAUGGGUGGCCUGAGUGUGAGCGGAGGAGGUGUGGGCGGCGGAAAUCCCCUGAAGCCACCACCCAAUACCCAAGGACUGCCGCCUGUUUCAGCUGCUGGGCCGCCCCCAACCGGUUUCAAUCAGUUCAACUCCAAUGCAGCCCCUCCGCCUCCGGCCAAUAACAACAAUGCUGCUUUCGCUCCUCCACCGGCCACCAGCUAUGCCAAUGGAGCACCACCGCCCAACAGUACCCUGCAGAGCGUGCCAAGCGGUGUCAACCAGAUGACUCUAAAUAGCGCCGGCUUGGCGGGUUUGCCGCACAUGCCGCCUCCGAAAACGGCCACGCCGGUGGGACCACCUGGUGAGCAGCCUCUUGGCGUUCCAGGGCAACCCCCAGUGCCGGGAGCAGGUGCUCAGCAACCACUACCUGGUCAGGCGCCUCUUCCGGGGCAGCCUCCCCUACCCGGACAGAUUCCCACAUCCCAGCCAGCACCAGGACCUUUUGGAGUGCCAACUUCGCGACCGGGGCAGCCUCAGUUGCCGCCUGGAGCAGCUCCUCCGACUUUUACACAACCGGGACUCCCGCCACAGCAGCAACCUGGACUACCACCAAAACUCCAGCCGGGUCUACCGCCACAACAGCAACCGGGACUGCCGCCUCAACCGCAACCGGGAUUCCCCCCUCAAUCGCAACCGGGGCUGCCGCCACAACCGGGACUACCACCUCAAGCACAGCCUGGAUUACCACCCCAACCAGGAGUACCCUAUGGUGCUCCCCAGCCAGGCGGUUAUCCUGGCGCUGGUUAUCCGGGUCAGCAGGCAGCAGGAGGAUUUCCAGGAGCACCACCACCGCUUCCUGGUCAACAACCGGCUGCUCCGCCACAAUUCGGAGCCCCACAACCAGGCUACCCCGGUCAGCAGCCCGGAUAUCCGCCCCAGCCGCCCAUGCCUGGAUAUCCGCCACAGCCAGGACAGCAGCCCGGAGCACCAGGAUAUCCGCCACAGCCAGGUGUCGGCUUCCCAGGACAACAAGGACGUCCAGGAUUUAAUCAACCUCCCAUGCCAGGAGCGGGAAACAUGUACCAACAGGCUCCGCAACCUCGACGUCUGGACCCCGACCAAAUGCCCAAUCCCAUCCAGGUGAUGAUCGAGAAUCAGCGCUUGGCCGGUGGCCCGUUUGUGACCAAUCAGCCGGGUCUGUUGCCUCCAUUGGUGACCACAAAGUUUGUGGUCCACGACCAAGGCAACUCCUCUCCUCGCUUCAUGCGCUCUUCGCUCUACUGCAUCCCCAAUACCGGAGAUCUGCUCAAGACCACGGCUCUGCCACUGACUUUGAACAUCUCACCGCUGGCCAAGAUCGCAGAGGGUGAACUAGAGCCACCGAUCGUUAACUUUGGCGACAUGGGACCCAUUCGGUGCAACAGAUGCAAGGCGUACAUGUCGCCAAACAUGCAGUUCGUGGAUGCAGGUCGUCGAUUCCAGUGUCUUAUGUGCAAGGUGACAUCGGAGGUUCAUCCGGACUACUACCAGCAUCUGGACCACACGGGACAGCGUGUGGACAAGCAUGAAAGACCAGAGUUGCUGCUGGGUACUUACGAAUUCCUGGCCACCAAGGAUUACUGUCGGAACAACACUCCUCCGGAGGUUCCCGCUUUCAUUUUCAUCAUCGAUGUCUCGUACAAUACAGUAAAGUCGGGAUUGGUUCAUCUCCUGUGCGGCCAGAUCAAGAACAUACUUAAGCAUUUGCCAGUGGACCAAGGCCAGGACAAGUCAAAGGUGCGCGUGGGCUUCAUCACGUACAACAGCACCGUGCAUUUCUACAACAUCAAGAGCAGCCUGGCCCAGCCCCAGAUGAUGGUGGUGGGCGAUGUUCAGGAGAUGUUCAUGCCCCUGCUCGACGGUUUCCUUUGCCAUCCCGAGGAGUCAGCAGCUGUUAUUGAUGCCCUGAUGGAGGAGAUACCACGCAUGUUUGCGGACACCAAGGAAACGGAGACUAUUCUGUACCCGGCUAUUCAGGCCGGUUUGGAAGCCCUCAAGGCAUCGAAUGCCUCUGGCAAGUUGUUGGUCUUCAAUUCAACGCUUCCCAUCGCGGAAGCACCUGGCAAGCUGAAGAACCGCGACGAUCGGAAACUUUUGGGCACCGAUAAGGAGAAGACAGUGCUCACUCCGCAGACCACCGCCUACAAUCAGUUGGGUCAGGAGUGCGUCCAGCAGGGCUGCUCUGUGGAUCUGUUUGUGUUCAACAACGCGUACAUUGACAUUGCCACGAUCGGUCAGGUAUCGCGGCUAACGGGCGGAGAGGUGUACAAGUACACCUAUUUCCAGGCGGACGUGGAUGGCAAGCGUCUGAUUGAGGAUAUCAUCAAGAACGUGUCCCGACCCAUCGCCUUUGACGCCGUUAUGCGAGUGCGCACCUCGGCGGGUAUUCGUCCUACGGAUUUCUAUGGCCAUUUCUUUAUGACCAACACCACAGACGUGGAGUUGGCCAGCAUUGACUCUACCAAGUCGGUGAGCAUCGAGAUCAAACACGACGACAAGCUGCCGCCGGAGGAGAAUGUCUACCUGCAAGUGGCUUUGCUGUACACCUCGUGCAGUGGACAGCGGCGCCUGCGUAUACUCAACCUGGCACUGCGGGUGACCACAACGAUUGCGGACGUCUUCAAGAGCUGCGACCUGGACGCCAUGAUGCUGUUCUUCGCCAAACAGGCCUGCUUUAAGCUAAUGGAGCACUCACCGAAACAAGUUAAGGAUAAUUUGAUCCAUCGGUCUGCUCAGAUCCUGGCCUGCUACCGAAAACAUUGCACAUCACCCACCUCCGCCGGCCAACUUAUCCUGCCCGAGUGCCUCAAGCUCCUACCCUUGUACGCAUCGUGCCUGCUGAAGAACGAUGCGAUUUCCGGUGGCUCUGACAUGACGCUGGACGAUCGCUCCUACGUUAUCCAAUUUGUGUUGUCGAUGGAUCUGAACCAGUCUGUGAACUAUCUGUAUCCCCGAUUCAUUCCCAUACACACUGCUCUGCCGGAGGAAACUGAUUUGCCAACACCCGUCCGAUGCACGCACGAAAAGACCCAGGAGGAUGGCGCCUACAUUCUGGAGAACGGAGUCCAUCUGUUCGUCUGGCUGGGCCAGGCUCUGUCUCCCAACUUUGUACAGUCUGUAUUCGGUGUCCAGGGACUGCAGCAGCUUGCCCUCGAGCGUUUUAACAUUGUGGCGGACACGCCGCUGGCCAAGCGCAUUAGCGCUAUUCUAGACCAGAUCAUGGAGGAGCGCACACGAUACAUGAGGAUCACUUGGCUGCGUCAAAAUGACAAACUCGAGAGCGUGUUCCGUCACUUUUUGGUCGAGGACCGGGGCACAGAUGGUUCGGCCAGCUACGUCGAUUUCCUGUGUCACAUGCACAAGGAGAUCAAGGACCUGCUAAGUUAGCACGCCGGCCAUUCAGGGAUGUACAAGCAGGCCGAGGCGAGUUGGGCGGACAGCUAUUCCCAGAAUCGGGCGCGGUUGCGUCGCCUGUCCUCCAUGCGCAGUCGCCUGGGCAAAUAGUAGGUGGCAGAUCGAAGAGAGAGAGCUAAGAAAUCCGUUGUAGGAACUGGAACGGGAGCGGGAGUUAACCUCAACUGGCGGAACUUCAAUUAUAUUUACAUAAAAAUACAUAUACAUAUAUAUUAAUUAACUUGUAUCAUUUGCGCGGAUCGAUUCUUCCAUUAAUUUUAUUCAAGUUUCCACAUUUUGCAUUGAUUUACUUUAAAGUUGAAAUUAAAUAUAAUAUAUAUUUGUAUGUAUUUUCCCGCAGAGCUAUGCUAAAAAAAACUACUACUAAAAUGGGGAAUUCUUAGCUAAAUUGAUUCUCUUAUCAAAUUCCAUUGCAUACGAUUUAAUUGUAAUUAAAAAUUACUUUGAAAAUUUCCCACAGUUGAAAACUACUAGGAUGGAUAGAUUGUUUGUUUUUUUUGCUUUCGGCCCCCAACUGAUGUUUAAUUUUAAUGUAUUUUUGCAAUAUAACUUGUGCGCUGCGCCCUGCUUUUUAUCAUACUGUAUGUCAUUUAAAAAGAUUAUUAUUAUAUAUUAUAAACCUACAUGUUUCGUGUGAGAAUUAUUCGACUUAUAUGGUAUAUUGCCCUCCUCUAUCGAAAUCAGAUACUGUUCAAAGCGGAAAACAAUAUAGAGAGAUCGAAAAAUUGGAAUAAAAACUUUAAAAACCA